AGAGAGGAGAGGAGCCAAGUUCCAUGGGGCACUGGAAUCGAAUCAAGAUUGCCAAAAGCCAGAUACUCAUCACCAACUUCUUGGUCUUGCUGCUGGGCCUCUCUACGGCCACCAUGGCAGUUGUCACUCACUUCGGAGACCACUUUACAGUCAUUGGACGUGUACCCUUGGAGAAGAACCCCUAUGAAGUGAUGCACUAUUGGGUUUUCUACAUGGGGAUCGGCCUAGCAGGGCUACUGAGCCUGGGCGCUGCUCUGAGCACCAUAGCCACUGUGAGGGAAGCCCACGGCCUCAUGGCUGCGGGUUUCCUGUGCUUUGCCUUGUCAUUCUGUAUCUUGGUGCAGGUGGCCUUCUGGAGAUUCUACAACCCCACCCAGGUGGAGGAUGCUGUGUUGGAUACCUAUGACCUCGUGUAUGAUCAGGCAAUGAAGAGCCCAUCUAGCAACUGGUGGCAGGAACUGGCCAUCAUCCAGGACACGUUUCUGUGUUGUGGGAAGAAAUCUCCUUUUGGGCUUCUGUCGAGCAUGGGAGCCAACAUGUGUCAAGGCCAGGAGGACAUGAGAGAGGACUGCCUACAGAGCAUCAGGAACUUUCUGUGGACACACUACAGUAUCGCCUCCACCCUGACCUGCAUCAGCCUGGCCCUCACGGUAUAUGCUAUGAUGCUCUGCGCCUUCCUCUGGUUUGCCAUUCACUCCUACUGUGGCUUGGAUCGGAAAGGCAGAUACACCCUGACCCCACGAGCCCGUGCCUGCCAGCCUCAGGAACCCAGCCUCUUCAGAUGGACCCAGGGUGGGCUGGUGCCUCAGUGUCCCCCUGAAGCACACACGAGUGCUAACUAUUCAACACCCCUCUGAAGCACAGGUGUUUGCUAACCAUUGGGUCUAGCAGGAUGCUUGCUGCCUGAUUACCCACAGAGAUGAAGACUGGCCCUGAGCCCUCCACAUGAUCCUCAAAGGACUAGAUAA